ACUCAGCGCGCCGGCGGGGCUGCGCAGGACAGGCGCUCCGCCCGCCACCAGGCUGGAGCCGGCGCGGCAACACCUGUUCGCGGCCGCAGGGCGCACGCGAGCCCCGGACGCCGCUCCCUCGCUCGCCGCUCGCCGCCGGUGCUAAGCCAAUGGAUCUCUGCCGAGCCGCUGCACAACUCUGGACCCUAGCCUCGGACGCCUAAAGUUUUCUCCUUUUUGUUUUAUUAUUAUUAUUGAUUUUUUUGGAGGGGGGAUCCGGGAGGGGAGAUUCUUCGCCGCCACCAACGUGAGAUUUUUUUCUCCCCCUGGAAGGAUUCCUGCUGAUGUCUGCAGAGUCGGUUAGAGUAAAAACGGCGCAUGCCUUCCUGGAGUCAGGACCCGUGGAUUCUGACGUAGCCCGUGCAUCUUAAAAACCCUGUAAUAACGCCUAGGCAUUGAAGUUGCUAUGGUCAUUCUGAUCUGGAAACCAAAUGGAGAAACUACGGAUUUUCCCCCUUUUGACGGCCGGCUGGGAUGAAGACCUUCCUGCUUGCUAGGAGCUGGGGCUCUGUCUGUAGAGAUACAUAGAUAUGUUUAUCAGUAUGUCAGUGUGUGAGUAUAAAGCGCUGGUUUCUUAGAUUGUUAGUGGUUUGACCUUGAACCUGUGCCAGUGAAACAGCAGAUUACUUUUAUUUAUGCAUUUCAUGGAUUGAAGAAAAGAACCUUUUUUCCCCUUUCUGCAACCGCAGUAAGGGAGGGGAGUUGGAUAUACCUCGCCGAAUAUCUCCCGGGUUGGCACCAUCAUUAUUGUUUAUUCCUGUGCUCCAACAGCCUAGCCUUCUGAUGGCUCCCUUAGGUGAAGUUGGGAACUAUUUCGGUGUGCAGGAUGCGGUACCGUUUGGGAAUGUGCCGGUGUUGCCGGUGGACAGCCCGGUCUUGUUAAGUGACCACCUGGGUCAGUCCGAAGCAGGGGGGCUUCCCCGGGGACCGGCAGUCACGGACUUGGAUCAUUUAAAGGGGAUUCUCAGGCGGAGGCAGCUGUACUGCAGGACUGGAUUUCACUUGGAAAUCUUCCCCAAUGGUACUAUCCAGGGAACCAGGAAAGACCACAGCCGCUUCGGCAUUCUGGAAUUUAUCAGUAUAGCCGUGGGCCUGGUUAGCAUCCGAGGUGUGGACAGCGGACUCUACCUGGGGAUGAAUGAGAAGGGGGAGCUGUAUGGAUCGGAAAAACUAACCCAAGAGUGUGUAUUCAGAGAACAAUUUGAAGAAAACUGGUAUAAUACGUACUCUUCAAAUCUGUAUAAACACGUGGACACUGGAAGGCGAUACUAUGUUGCAUUAAAUAAAGACGGGACCCCAAGAGAAGGAACGAGGACUAAACGGCACCAGAAAUUCACACAUUUUUUACCUAGACCAGUGGAUCCUGACAAAGUACCCGAACUAUAUAAGGAUAUUCUAAGCCAAAGUUGACAAAGACAAUUUCUUCACUUGAGCCCUUAAAAAAGUAACCACUAUAAAGGUUCCAUGCGGUGGGUUCUUAUUGAUUAGCUGUGUCAUCACAUCAGCUCCACUGUUGCCAAACUUUGUCGCAUGCAUAACGUAGGAUGGAGGCUUGGAUGGGAACACGCUGAUUUUGUUCUGCACUUGUGGGCCUGCCCUCAGGGAUGCCAGCCUGUACCCACUGGCUUGAUUUAUUGUGAGAAGAGGAGACUGAGAGCAGGGAUGUGAGUGUGUGAGUGGAUGAGCUGUGGGGAAAUUGAAGAGAGGAGGAUGCAGAGAGGACGACAGCCUGAUGCAUGCUGGGGAAUAGACACGCUUUUACAUGUCCAAUCAGUUGUCCUUCGCCCUGUGUCAGCACAGCUGCCACACUCCGACUCAUCAGGACCUUGGCUGGUGCCCUGCCAAGGAUACGCUGCAUUUUCAAAGGCAUGGAGGGUGCAGUCUCACUUAAGAGACAUUUUCAGUUAAUUCUCACUGGUGCCAUCCCAGUGAAUUUAAAGCAAAGACCUCUUAGUAAAAAAAAAAACAAAAAAAACAAAAACAACCCGCCCCCCCAAAAAAAACAAAAAAAGUUAAAUUUAUUUAUAGAAAUUCCAAAGGCAACAUUUUAUUUAUUUUAUAUAUUUAUUUAUUAUAUAGAGUUUAUUUUUAAUGAAAUAUGUACAGGCCAGAUAGGCAUUUUGGAAGCUUUAGGCUCUGUAAGCAUUAAAUGGCAAAGUCCGCUACCAACCUGUGGUAAAUUCAUGCAAGUAAAUAUAACUUUGCAUGGACAUGAGAAAUUCUAAUGACCCUCUAGUGUGCUAAAGGCGACAAUCUCUUUUGUGCCCGUCUUAUUGUAAACUUAUGCACAUCAUUCAUGACACCGAGUAUUCACUCUUCAGACUGCUUGUUUCAUAGCUUAUCCCAGAGGAUUAAAGACAAACUGGGUCUCAAACUUUUAUUCUGUGUCUGUACUAUUUCCUCUCUCCUAAGUGACUUACGCCAUCAUUGUAACAUCACGGUUGGAAAAUAUAAGGGUUGGUGUAUAUCCUACUUCUUUAAAUCUAUCACAAAAUAUACCAAAGCUAAGCAGUAGCCAUGCUUUUAUUUUAGUUGCUCGCCAGAACAAUGGGACGAACAUCAAACAUUGUAUUGAUUUAGAGUUCUCAAAAAGGAAAAAGAAAAAAGCUUACAUAGCACAGAUUUUUUUUUAAGAGACAAGAAUCAGAUUAGUAGGAUCAUUCUUGUAAACUUUUUAUUUGUGCAUUUGGUUACCAAAUAUGAAAUUAUACAAGUACCGUAGGGGUCAUUGUAACAUCUUUUAUAGAAAAUUGGUUUUGGUGUGAACUGUCAUAAUGUGUGGUAAUAGCCCCAAGUAAAACUCACAAAUGAAACUAAUAAAUCAUCAAAUAAUGACAAUGAGGGGGAAAAUAUUAUACUUGUUGACUUGUGUCUUGUUUUGAAAACAGUCUUCACAAGAGCUCAGUUUUUUUUAGAGGGGAGGUUAUUACAUAGAAUAUCUUUUUUCAAGGCUUUUAUAACAUUUUGUGUUGAAAAGCAUAAGAAUACAUAUUUCUUUAGUAGCAAUAAUUUUGCAACUUGCCCUUGGGCAAGGGAGACUAUUUCUUACUAUAUACUAAGGAGAAAAGAGCCAAAUUCGUAAAGCAAUAGUUAAGAAAAAGUAAUUUAUAACAAAUUCUCAUACCACAUAGAACAGUUUCUAGCUAGUUAGGUUGGGAAAUUGAAAGUGACAGUUAAAAAAUGUGUUGGGAUUUAUGUAGCUAAUUUUAAAAUUUAAUAUUCCAACUUUCUUUUGCUUUGAUGUACAUUCUCUAAGAAAAAAUAAAAGUAUGUCACUGGUGAGUUAAAGCUGUUUUGGAGUAGAAGCCCAUGACUUAUUGCCACGAACACAUGUGGCCCUUCUGAGGUCCAAGUUGGAGUUCACAGCAGAGCCUUCCUGCCGAUGUACAUUAAGGACAAACUAAGUCUAACAUUUAAAAUUAAGAACUAAUUUGGGGGAAGGGGACUGAAGCAAUGUAAAAUAGUUGAUUUAUGGUAAAGGUCAGAAUGUUCUCUUCAUUUAUUUUCUUUUUCUUUUUUUUCACUUUCUAAACAGAAACUGCAUUUAAUUGCAAGAUGUAGUAAUCUUAUUUAUUAUUUAACCCUUUGCUGCUGCUAAAAUGUGCACCUAUUCAGGCUUUAGUUUUUCCAAAAUGCAUUUAAUAUUUUUGGCUGAAAAACAUUAAACAUCUGACCACAGGGAAGAAUCAAGUUUCUAGGAUGUCCCCAUAGGUACAAUAUUUAGCAUUGAAAAGUUGAUUUUAGGAGAUAGCCAAAAGUAAUCUUAAAGUAGAAUGAGGUGCUCAUCAGCCUAAAAGAAAGGAAACAAUUUGUGAAAAAGACUAAACUGUCCAUGCAUUGCAAGAAAAUGUUACUUUAAUGUCUACUUUUGGCGUUAUUUUGUUUUGGUAACUUUUUUUAAAAAAAGAAAAAAUGUUAUAUGCUUUUGGCAAAUGAUACAAUAAACUGUAAUGGUCUGUAAAUAAAUAAAUACUGACUUAUGCAAUUUAUGUACAUGAAUGUUCUGGGAGAGUAGGUGGCUCAGGGUUUGGGCAGGCACUGCCCUGAUGGGCAGUACAGCAAUUACCCCCAGCUUGUGGCUUUGCAUGGGUUCUUGUCCUAAGAGACCCAGAGCCCUUUGGAUGGCAGACCUGAGCUGCUGUGGAAGGGGUGGUCCCAGUUUUCAUGAACAGAUGCUCACACAGUCCAAUCACUAUGUUUUUGGUGCCAACACAUGCACCUUGGUCAGAGACUUAACAGGCAUUAUUGAACAACACCCCCCCCCACAUCUGUCAUGUGCAUAUUGCAGGCAGCGUCGAAGGACAUGCCAGACAGUGUUGGAGGAGAGGAUCUCUUCCUGCCAUGUCUUGUGUAGAUAAACGAAUGGCUUCGGUUUAUGGUCUUUUCAUUCUAUUUCAUCUCAUUAACACUACGACUUUGUGUGAUUUCCUUGAUAAUCUGUAAUUGUAUGUAAAUACAUACAGGAUUAUGUAAUUUGUGUAAAUACAUAAUUACAGACCUUUGAAAACUG